AUGGAACAGGUCUUCAGCACCUACGGGCCUGUCGAGGAGGCAAUCUUGAUGGACCAGUCUCGCUCCAACAGACCUGACGAGCGCUGUGGCUUCGUCAUCUACAAGACGGCGGAUGCGGCGCAGACGGCCAUCCAGGUCUUGAACAACGUCUACCGCUUCCGAGAGGAGGCACCUGAUGCCAUCCACGUCAGCAUGGCGCGAGCGCGUGGCAAAGGGGAUGGCAAAGGCAAAGACGGCAAAGACGGCAAAGAUGGCAAGGGCAAGGACGGAAGGCACGGGGGCCCCGGCCCCGGCCACGACCGCCACGACCGAGGCGGGGGUGGCGGCGGCGGUGGCGGCGGCGGUGGCGGCUUCAUGGGGGAUCAAACAGCCCCUGGCCCUGGCCGGCCUGUCUACAGAGGCCAAGAGGUGCCACGAGGAUAUGAUCGUGAUUUCGAUGCACCUCGCGGCUAUGAUGCCCGCAGAGACUACGACCCGCCGGAUUACGGACCUCGGGAUGGAGGACGGGAGGAGUUCCGUCACGAUCGUGGUGGAUAUGCUCGAGAUGAUCGAGGUGGUUAUGACCGGGACUUCAGAGGUCCUGACAGAGGUCGCGACCGAGGUCCCGAUAGGUAUGAUCGACCCCACGACCGGCCGGCGGAGAGGCAUGAGAGGUUCCGAGAUCGUGACGACUACGAUCGACGGGACAGAAUAGACAGAGGAUAUGAUCCUCGACCUCCAGAGCGCGACUGGAACGACCGAGAUCGGAGUAGCUACGAUCGUGGUCCGCCAAGCUUCGACAGAGACCGCUUCGACAGAGGCCAGAGCGAGCACUUUGCUCCAGAACGAGGCUUCGCAAGAGAGCGGCCCCCGGAGCGACAAGGAGGCUAUGAUGAGCGGCCGCCAGGUGGCCGAGAUGGCGGCAAAGGAGGCCAAGGCGGUGCACCGGGAACCAAGAUCUAUGUCGGGAACCUGCCCACUGACAUCAACAAGCAGGCCCUUUCGCAAGUGUUUAGCAGUUAUGGGCAGGUGGAGGAUGUCCACAUCAUGACUGGCAGGUCGAAAAGCGGCCAAGCAUCAGCUUUCGUGAGGUAUUAUAAUUCCAAGGAUGCCAACGAUGCAAUUCUUGCAAUGGCCCAAGGGUACGAGAUCCGUCAGGGUGACGGACACAUAGUUGUCCGCCUGGCAGAUGGCGAGGCACGUUCGAUGUUCGAGUGCCGUACUAGGCCAGCUCUGCUCCGGUGGUCGGAAGAGAUACUUUUUCCUGCCGCACCCGGAGAUCUGCCAGGGCCUUUCACCUUCAGAGCCAUUGAGCUCGGUGACGGUGCCUGGUUCCUGGUUGAAGUCGUUUGCGUGACAUGGUAUGGUUGGCUCGGAAUUGACUGGAAUCCACUGGCUGCUCGCGAAGAACGUGGACCGCAGAAGCUAGCGCAAGAACGAGAAGAAUGUUGCUUGGCCGUCGCAGCAUUUGCAGCAACAGGGACCGAUGCAAGCCACGUGACAUUGAUCAAGAAAGCCAUUGCAGAGCAUUGCGGCACCGGCGUCCAUGAAGUCUCCAUCAUUCUGAAUACCUUGAAGAUCAAAUCAGUGAUCGCACCUGGGGCGCUCGGGAGCUUUUACCUGCAAGGUGCAUUGGCAAUGAUGCGCAGUGUCGGUAAAGAUCCCAAUGAGUUGAUUGUUCACCGAGACGCUGAUGUGGGUAUCUACGGCGUUCGUUUUUUCAAGGAUGGAAGAUGGAUCUACGAGAUUUUGGACGACCUUCUUCCAGAGUCAGAGCAGCGGCAACUCACCAGCUCCUGCAAUGAACAGGAAUGGCCUGCCCUGAUCGAAAAAGCGUACGCCAAGUUGCAUGGAUGUUACGAAGCUGUUGCCACUGGCGCAGAGGAGGACGCCAUGGAGGACCUCUUGGGAGUUAGCUCUGGUCGCUUUGCUGUGAGCGACUUCCCUGUCUGGGCAGAAUUGUGGCAACAUCUCAGGAGCAAGCGGAAAAGAGGCUUUGCUCUGGCAGCCAUCCGGAGGAGGGAAGCAGCAGGGGAAGUACUGACAAGUGGACUUCUCAGUGGAUGCGCGUAUCCCAUAGUUGCUCUUGAAGUGGUAAACGGCCACGCGCUGGUUGCUUUGGAGAAUCCCUGGUUCCAGGGGCGAUGGAAUGGCCAUUGGGGUCCUGACAGCCCCGGGCGACGUGCUCAGCUUCAAUUGCCGGGCUGCCAGCCCUUCUGGAUGAGCAUCCAGGACUUCUGUCAGCACUUCACAGACAUCGCUCAGGCUCGGCUGGUGCCGGGCUCCUGGCAGUCAGCCAUGGUCGCCAUGUCCGAGGAAAGGCCCAGCUACCCCCUCGUCUCGGUUUCUUCGCCAACCCAGGCAGUCUUUCUUCUCUCACAAGCAGAGCCUCCUCGUGGUUCGCAAAAGAAAGCGGUUCCACUCGGUCUGCGGGUGUACCGGUGUCGAAUCGUGGCACCGCCGCAGCAUGCCACAGGCGUGAAGCAGAACGUGUCCAAUCCCUUCAAGCCUCUCGAGUUGGUUGCUGAGAUGCCGAUCUCCCAGUCCGGGCGGUCAGUGAUGGUGGAAGUUCCGAAGCUUGAGCCGAACUGCCUCUACGUGGCGUCGAUCAUCUACUCGCCGAAUGCGCCUCCAGACUUGGCCAUCUUGCGAGUGUUGACGGCCUCCUCCAUGCGCUUCCGAGAGCUCUCCGCCCCAGAGUCAGCGUACUUUCUUCAAGCUGAGGAGCAGGUCGGAGCUGGUCGUCCCCUGUAUGCGAUUGACACCGACUCCUUCUCGUCUCAGGGAUCUCUGGAAGCCGCACAGCUUCCGACUCCCGCCAGGAAUGACCCAAUGCGAGUCUCAGCAUCUCGUGGAGCGGAUGGAGCUGCAUCGGAGAGUUGGCAGACCUCAGCUGCAUCAGCUGCAUCCGACGCGUGGCAAGAAGUGGACCUCGGCUUCGGCGAAUUCAAGCUGCCUCCGUUCCUUCAGGAGAUACUAAAUCAAUGCUCUGGUGUCGACUGCUGA